AUGUCUCGUCUUCCAACCGAACUCAGUGUGCAAAUAUUCGCUCGGCUGGAUACACAGUCACUCAUCAACGUCAGUGAAACAUGCUCGGCCUUCCGACAAGCCAUUUUGGAACACCAGCUUUUCAAGGCAGCAGCCACCAGCAUAUGUCCCUGGCUCACAGAGCCCAUUAAAGAGACCUGGGAGGCCACAGCACGGUACUUAGUGACAAAACCGCAGUCAUAUACGGAAAUCAAUAGCUACGACACCAACGAGAUUCUCGCAGCGUUUCCCUCGGUACAAUUCAAGGCCGAUCUCGACAUUGCGUUUGAACACGAAGAGGCGGUUGAUCCAGACGGAGAGGUCAUGUUUGAGACCCAACGGUCGCAAUUGGAUAGCGCCAUGUUUCGGGUGUCACCAGAAGGGGAUGGAAGCAUUUACAUGUCGCCUUCUAUGAGCAGUGAUGUGACUGAACCGCAGGUAACAAGAGUGAAUUGCCAGACUUUGAGAGCUGAAAAGGUCAUGGACGGAUACUUGCUAGGUGAUCCCGAGGUAGUUGAAGGAGGGCUGAAAACCUACACAGGUCAGAAAUUUGAUGUUCCGGAAGGAGACAUUUCUCACCAGACGGUGGUGGGCGGCAAAUUGUUUGCCCUAUUGAGACGUCAAGGACAGGUCUUCUUACUGAGAGGUGACAGACUUCUGAGACUACCUUUCGCCGGUCGCAAGUUAGUAGACAUCAGAUUGCACAUCGUCCAUGGACACGCCUUCUUCACAACCACCAGUCUCAUGUCGCUAAGACCGCAGGCCACAAAGCUAUUUGUGGUGGGUCGAGACUCCGACACUGUGCAUCCUCUAUUUGACUGCCACCCUUACGACAUUCCACACAAUUUUGCUGUGCAUGGUGAGUAUCUUUAUCUGUGCAAGGACAUGAAGCUCUUCCAGCUAUACUGCAAUGCUGAAGAGGGAAAAACAUAUCUGUGUCGCAUCAUCAACAACCCCGUGCAUUACGCUGCGUCCAAGACAUAUAGCUUUGGAAAGUACCUGUUGAUCAAGAGCUUUGCGGGGUCUCAGGUUCUAUUCGAUUUGGAGAGCGACUCCAUGUCACAUAUCAUCCACGACCGUGACGUCAAUUGCAUCAUGCUCUACGAGGACGAACUCGUUUGUUUUUGUUUCUCGAAGAGCAUGCUUCUUCGCCUAGGAGGCACUAAUGGAACUACAUAG